AUGGUGGAAGAAUUAAAAAAGUACGAGGCCAUUCUGAGACAGGUUGGAACAGAGGAGAAAACACUGAGAUAUAGAAGGAGAGUGGGGACGUUCAAGGGAAGUAGUGGCCUUGCUCUUCUGGCAAAAAAGGGGCUGGAGCCCUUGAAGGCGAAGUCUGUUAUGCAGGAGCUUCUAAACGAAAGUGUCCUAUUCAAGGUGUCCAUUAACAAGAAAAAUGCAAGGGAAUGCGAUGUGGUACUUGAUCAGAAGUUUCAAGAGGACCAAUAUUAUGUCUUUGCAAAUGAAAAGACAUCUAACAUUUCUCUUAUCCUCUGUGUGGUGUUUGUCCUGAUGACAUUUACAAUCGUUCUCUUCCGAAUGUGGCCAAGAAACCUCCAGCAGCGUCUGUUCUCAUAUAUGGUCUACCCUCUGGGAGGAUUCAUCACAUUCAUAAUUGUUCUGGCAAUAAUAAGGCUGAUCCUGUUCUCGAUAACAUACUUUCUGUAUUCUCCCGGGAUCUGGCUGUUCCCAAAUCUGUUUGAAGACGUGGGCUUCUUUGAGAGCUUUGUUCCUCUGUGGGAAUACCACGGGAGUAAGAAAGUAAAGAAUGAAAAAUAA